GGAACCUGGAGUCGAGCUUUGGGAAGACUUUGAAUGCGGCACCGGGGUCCUGCAUUCACUUCCGUAAACAAGUUGUUCUCUUCCUCUUGUGAACACAUGCUCGAACACAAUUACGGUUUAAUCGAGCAGUUGUUUUCAAAACAUUGGAAUAAUUCUUCAAAAGUGACGAAUAUUGUCCUUAAACAUUAGACGGUUAAUGAGCUCACCGAAUAACAAUGAAAGCAGCUCGUAUGUUCCUCUUCAGCGGGCUCUCCGAGCGGAAACUCGGCUAACAGCGCAGUGACACCGCGUUCCUUCUGGCACGAGCGCUGUGAAAUAUGGAGCUCGACCACCGGGACUUCCUGAACUCUCCUCCUGUUAAGACGGUCAGAUUUGGAGGCACUGUUGUGGAAACGUUAGCGAAACAUAAACUGGGAGAUUCAAGGGACUACGAACUGCUGAAACAUCAGCUGGCGGAUCCCGAGAUAAAGGAUGCCCAGAUCAUCAACUGGCUACAAGAAUUUCGGAGCUGUGUGACCCAGCUCACCAAGGACCAUGAGCAGCUCAUCUAUACCAUCUUGAGGGUCCCGUGGGUGGGCCGCAGCCCGGCUGUGGUGGAGGAGUACAUGGUCUUUCUCAGUAACCUGGUCUCAGCACAGACUGUCUACCUGUGUGCCUGCCUCAAGAUGGUGGUCUCCCACUUUACUCCCAAGAGAGUGACUAUCUGUGAGGGAGGGGUUGAUAUCUCCGAUUCAGAUGAUGAAGAUGAAAACCUCCCCAGAAACUUCAAUCAGUGUCACCAGGCGUUGCAGCUCAUCACCAGAUAUGUUCCAUCCACGAGUCGCUUUCUGAUGCCCAUUCUCACAGACAACUUCCCCUUUGUACAGAAAUCCUCCACAACGCUGGAGUGUUACGCCCACAACCUCCUGAGGGUGACGAUGUACAUACCAUCACUUCGGCGAGAUGUGCUGGAGGUGAUCAUCGGAAAGAUGCUCAAACUGGAUGUGAGUGCGGCCCGCUCCGACAUUGAGGAAGCAGAGGAAAAUGCAGCGCUGAGCCAACGGGCCGAGGUGCGGCCUGAGGAAGGACUCUUUGACAUGGAUGAGGACAUGUCAGCAGAUGUCCCCUGCAGGGCAGCUGUGAUGGCCCACCCGGUGGCUGAUAGGCUGGACACCCUCAUGGCUGUUAUGAUGGCUUACAUCAAGGACGCCUGCCAUGUCGAUGGCUCUCUACAUGUGGAAAGGACUAAGGAUCUGUACAGAGAUGUAUUGAAUGUGUUCGACAAACUCAUUCUGCCAACACAUGCGUCCGCUCACGUCCAGUACACACUGUUUUACCUGUGCAGCUUCAGAGUGGCUUUGGCCGAGGCCUUCUUGGAUCACCUGUGGAAGAUCCUGCAGAGUCCGUCUCAGCCCGCCGUCCUACGCCAGGCUGCUGCUGGAUACCUGGGCAGCUUCCUGGCCCGAGCCAAGUUCAUCCCUGUGCUCACCGUGCGGGCCUGUCUGGACCUGCUGCUCUCCUGGAUCCAUUGCUAUAUCGACAGCCAGGACAGCAGCGGCAGACAGGCCUGCUGUGACAUCAGCCUGCACGGGCCCUUCUACACCGCCUGCCAGGCCGUUUUCUACACACUCAUCUUCAGGCACAGAGCCAUGCUGGAGAACAACAUGAAGAAAGGUCUGGAGUACCUGCAGAGUCUGAACCUGGAGCGGGUGGUGAUGUGUCAGCUGAACCCUCUCAAAGUCUGCCUGCCUUCAGUCACCAGCAUGUUCGCUGCCAUCACCAGGACGUAUCAGGUGGUGUUCUGCUACACCAUCAUAGAGAGGAACAACCGCCACGUGCUGCCAGUGGUCCGCAGCUCUGCAGGAGGAGACAGUGUGACCACCAACACCAACCCUCUGGACAGCUUCUUCCCCUUCGAUCCCUACCUGCUCAAGAGGUCUGUUCAGCUGAUUGAGCCACUGUACCAGGUCUGGGAGGAACUAGCAGACACCGAGCUGCUUCCCACCAAAGCAGGACAACAGGGCUCGAGGGAGGACGAGGAUGACUUCCUGUGUGGGGAGACGCCCCAGACAGAAGGCAUUGUGGGGAUGACGCCCAGCUCCUACGACUCGAGCCUUCACAGCCCCAGCUGUGUGGGUUCACCUCCCCUCACCUUCCAGAGACCCUGAUAAUGCACAUGACAUUGAAUUUAUGAAGAACUCAUGAGCCGGUCACCCUUGAAGAGACGUGACAAGAAUACUCAUCUGUGGUUAUGAAUACAUAAGUUCAUUUUUCGGGGAGCUCUAGGUCUACACAGUUUGCAUUUUCUUUUUUUUUAUGAUUAAUCACACUUCAGGCCACGUCGGCACAUGCAAAAACAUUAUCAGAGAGUAAGCUGCUUUAGGUUUGAAAUUAAGCUUGAAUUAGCUUGAGAGGUUGUAUAAUAUUGUUAUGGAGCAAUUGUAUUUGUUAGUGAAAGUUCAUACAGAAGUAAUCAAUGAAAGUUCAACAAGAAACUGGAGGCGGUGGACACAACCACUAACCAUGAGAAUGCAAUGAAUAUGACCUAAGAUGCAUCAACAAUAUGCGGAAUAUACACGAUCCAGCCCAGAGAGGAAAAAGAGAAAUGGAGAUAGUUUUGGAAGCUGGAGAUGGUUUUGAUGGUUAGGUGACAAAAACCUUCUGUGCAGCCUGUCGUCAUUUCUCACAACACAAACCACAACCUGUGGCUGAUUGUUGAUGGUCCAGUGUGUAGUAAAGGUGGUUCUAUUGGCAGGAAUGGAAUAUAGUUGUACGCUCAUUGACAACCUGGAGAAGGCAUGGAAUUUGAAAAUAUUAAUUUCCAGGCCAAGAUAAGUUUAGUAAAAUAUCAAAUAAACCCAGAACGUUUAUUUUUUUUUGUUAUUGGUAGAAAUGUGUGAACCCUGUUAUUAUUUUGUCAUUAAUAUAUAAUCUGGUCCAUACUAUAAUAAUGAAACUAAGAAUCGUGUUACUAAAGCAAGAUUAAUGCUUAUUGGGGUUCUGUGCACAGCCACCAUGUUCUAACCAGACAGAGACAGAUGUUUGGAUCAAAUGGAGAACUUUGAGGAGCUUGUGAAUCUACAGCCUCACCACUAGAUGCCACUAACUCCUACACACUGCUCCUUUAAACAAUACUUGCAUGUCCAUACUACACUGAAAGCAUAGUUUCUCCCUUUACUUAAAGUGGCAAUAGACCAGCUUUUUGCUUUAACUUCUGGCUAUGAAGGAAAUGUUGUUUGCAUAAUUGAAUGUCAAAAGAAUAAUGACAUAAUCAGCAGUAAGAUAUGUUCUCUAUAAGCAUCUACACUGCUGUCUGCCAUCGAUCUCCAGGGAAAAGAAAGUGUGUCGACCAGAAGAGGAAUGUGCUUUUGUUUUCCCCGGUACCAAAGAGGGUCAAUAUAAGCAAAUAUUGCAAAUAUUGUCCCCAUUAGUGGAAAUGGUAGACAGUGGAGGAACGGUUGUUGUCGAUGUUGGUAGUUACUAAACUCUGAGGAAGAACCAAAUGGAUCUAUUAUUAUGUUUUUACAUAAUGAAAACUGGAUUGCUUCCAUUGGAGUUGUUAAUACAGGUGACAGCUAGUAUUAUUGUUCACUAAUUCUAACAGUUAUUAGUUAGUUAGGCUAUUUUUAUUAGUCUGUUUCUCUUCAUGGAUGUGGUCUGAUGUCAUUGAGAUUUCUGUUAUUAAAGUGUAUUCAUGUUUAUUUUCUCCUCCAUAA